GGCCACCCCGGAACACUUCCGGGAGGCCACGCCAAGGGACUGUUAUGUGUGCUUCCGGCGGCUCCAAGGCUGCUUGCAGGCAGCCUUCGCGACCACCAGUCUAAAGUAGUGGGUACGGAACCGGGGGACUAGGAGCCCAAUGGUCUUUGAGCCCCGCAAUCUCUAACCAUGGACCGGGACCUUCUGCGGCAGUCACUGAAUUACCAUGGGCCGUCAUUGCUCUCCAUGCUCCGGAGUGAACAGCAGGACAGUCCACACUUCCGGAGCCUCCUAGGGUCGGCGGCCGAACCUGCCCGGGCCCCGCCGCCCCAGCAGCAGUUACAGAGCAGAAAAGAGAAGAGAGUUGACAACGUUGAAAUACAAAAAUUCAUUUCCAAAAAAGCGGAUCUGCUUUUUGCACUUUCCUGGAAAUCAGAUGCACCUACAACUUCUGAAGUUAAUGAAGACAGUGAAGAUCAUUAUGCAAUCAUGCCACCUUUAGAGCAAUUCAUGGAAAUACCUAGUAUGGAUCAGAGAGAACUGUUUUUCCGAGAUAUUGAGCGUGGCGAUAUAGUGAUUGGAAGAAUUAGCUCCAUUCGGGAAUUUGGGUUUUUCAUGGUGUUGAUUUGUUUAGGAAGUGGCAUCAUGAGAGAUAUAUCCCACUUAGAAAUCACAGCUCUUUGCCCAUUAAGAGAUGUGCCUUCUCACAGUAACCACGGGGAUCCUUUAUCGUAUUACCAAACUGGUGAUAUCAUUCGAGCUGGAAUCAAAGAUAUUGACAGAUACCAUGAAAAGCUUGCAGUAUCUCUAUAUGGCUCAUCUCUUCCACCACACCUAUCUGGUAUUAAAUUAGGUGUAAUUAGUUCUGAAGAGCUUCCUUUGUAUUACAGGAGGAGUAAUGAACUAAAUAGCAAUUCUUUGGAAUCCUAUGAAAAUAUCAUGCAGAGUUCUUUGGGGUUUGUUAAUCCAGGAGUAGUUGAAUUCCUUCUAGGAAAACUAGGAAUAGAUGAAUCUAAUCCACCAUCUUUAAUGAGAGGCCUACAAAGCAAAAAUUUCUCUGAAGACGACUUUGCUUCUGCAUUAAGAAAGAAGCAGUCUGCAUCUUGGGCUUUAAAAUGUGUGAAGAUUGGAGUUGAUUAUUUUAAGGUUGGACGCCAUGUGGAUGCUAUGAAUGAGUACAAUAAGGCUCUGGAAAUAGACAAACAAAAUGUGGAAGCUUUGGUAGCUCGUGGAGCAUUAUACGCAACAAAAGGAAGUCUGAACAAAGCAAUAGAAGAUUUUGAGCUUGCAUUAGAAAACUGUCCAACUCACAGGAAUGCAAGAAAAUACCUCUGCCAGACACUUGUAGAAAGAGGAGGGCAGUUAGAAGAAGAAGAAAAGUUUUUAAAUGCUGAAAGUUACUAUAAGAAAGCUUUGGAUUUGGAUCAGACUUUUAAAGAUGCAGAGGAUGCUUUGCAGAAGCUUCAUAAAUAUAUGCAGAAAUCUUUGGAAUUAAGAGAAAAACAAGCUGAAAAGGAAGAAAAGCAGAAAACAAAGAAAAUAGAAACAAGUGCAGAAAAGUUGCGUAAGCUCUUAAAAGAGGAGAAAAGGCUAAAGAAGAAAAGAAGAAAAUCAACUUCUUCCUCUUCAAGUGUUUCUUCUGCUGAUGAAUCAGUUUCUUCUUCAUCAUCCUCUUCCUCUUCUGGUCACAAAAGGCAUAAAAAACAUAAGAGGAACCGUUCGGAGUCUUCUCGAAGUUCUAAAAGGCAUUCAGCUAAGGCAUCCUUAGAUCAGAUAGAUCAGAAUAGGAAAGAUGACUGGUUCCCAGUUCCAGCCAAUACAUCAGCAUCUUUUCUUAACCAAAGACACGAAGUGGAAAAACUACUGGAAAAGCAGGAUAGGGUACCAUAUCAAAAGAAACAGGUAAAAGAGAAAGAUAGAUGCCCUCUCUCUUCAUCUUCAGUUGAAAUUCCGGAUGAUUUUGGAGGUAGGUCUGAAGAGCCAAGAGACUUUUAUAAUAGUUAUAAAACUCAGGCAGGUAGUAGCAAAACAGAAAAGCCAUAUAAAGCAGAAAGACAUGUUUCCAGUAAAAGAGAUUCCUCAGAUUCCUUCUCUAGGAAUUCAGAGGACAAGAUAAAAAUGUGUGGUUAUAGGAAAGUCGAAAAAGACAUGGAGGGAAGAAAAGAGCACUACAGGAGGUGGGAGCCAGGCUCCGGGAGGUAUUCCACUUCCCCAGCAAGCUCUGACUAUUCUUCGAAGUCAGUAGAAAGAUACAAAAAAUGUAUUUAUUCUGGAUCACGUGAUUCCAGUAGACAUGAGCAAAGAUAUCAAUUAAGUAAAAAUCAAGGAGCAUAUGAAAGAGAGGGUAAUUACGAGGAGGAUGUUAAAACAGAGGUUCCAGAAGAUGAUGGACUAAAUAGCAAAGGCCAUUCAGAAAGUGAAGUUAAAAAAAAUUUACCUCAAAAUUUACUCAAUAUAUUUAAUCAGAUAGCUGCAUUUGAGAAAGAAAAAGGAAAUAAGCAAAAAAAUUAAAGGAAUUCAGCACCAUUAUACUAAAGGCUCUUAAAAGUUUGUGGCCUUUUAGUCAUAACAGUCCAAUGCAGAAAUCUCUGCUCCUAAAGUUACUUUAUCUGUACAGAUUGCAGAAAGCAAGUGCUUUUUAGCUAUUCUCAAAAGUUUGUUUCAGUUGUAGGUCCCCUUUCACAGCUUGAUUUUUAGGCUUUUCAUAUGUGUGUAUAUAUAUAUGUUUUUAUAUAAAUAUAUAUAUAUAUGUGUGUACAAUAUUUCUUUGAUGAUUUAAACUUCACUUAAAGAUAAUUCUUAAAGUAUUGUUUCUUCAUUAUAUUAUGUUGUAUGAGAAUUCCUUGGAUCCAUCUUAUCCUGCUGCUUGAAAAAUAUUAAAUUUGUGAUCUGAACACUUGGGUCAUUUUCCUCAAAAAUUAUUUCAUUCUCUUCUGUUAAAAGCUCUCAGCUUUUGAAAAAGAUACAUUUGAAUGUUACUCAAGCACCAUUUGAUAGUCAUCACUUGUUUAAAUAUUAAGUUUUUUACAAAACUUUUAUUUUAAAAUGGUAGACAGAUUAUCUGUCUGAUCUAAUUGGCCUCUAAAGCCUGAUUCAAUUAAAAAUGGUUUCUGUACCAGCUUAACGAGUACCUUAGGAGUAAAGCCAUGAAAAAUGACUAGGGGCCCAUUUUUCAUUUCUAUUUAUUUGUCUAUUAUCUUUACCUUAUCACUAGCAGUAUAGUCUUAAGAAAUUUUUUAACUUUAAUGUUGGCAAGAGAUAAACUAUAUUCCAGGCAAGAAUAGAUCAGUAUAGAAAAGAAUCCUUUUAGCAGAAACAGCAGUGGCAAGGACAGCACUAUAAAUCUUGUUUUCUCUAAUGGAAAGAAAAUUAGGAAACUGUCCUAGUAUUGCAAAUGUCCAGUUGGGAACACACUGGGCAUGUGUUAAAUAGUCUAGAGCUGCGUUUCUGUUUUUGUUCCUUGACACUGAUGCUUCCCUGAUGCUUCCCCUGAUGCCUCCUUUCUCAGGAUCUGAAUAAAAGACCAGGCCAACAGAGCCUGCUUUUACUCAGAAUAAAUUCCAGCAACUAGAGCUGAAAAAGGAAGGGGCUUGGAUUGUAAGGAUCCUCCCCAAAUUGUUGAAAACAGUAUAGUAUAUUAUUUGGGAGACAGAGAUAAAGAGCCAUAGGUGGUGAGUUUAUAAUGGUCUUUAGAUACUCUUUUCAAUUUAAGAUUCUAGACACUGUAAAUGACAAUUGGCAUUUAGUACGAUCAUUCAUGGUGACACUGGAUGAAUGGGUUGGGGGAUAGGUGAGUAUCCAUCUACAGAGGUCUAAGAGAAUGAUAAAGGAAGACACUUUUAGUCCUUGUUCUGUCUCACCAUUCUUGCCAAGAGUAAAAUAUCAAACCUUAUUAUAACUGGGUGUAUACUACUUGUGACCAUCAGACUUUAGUGAGGAAGCCUUAUGAUAUAGCUAAAAUUUGUUUUGCAAUGGAGCAGAGAAAGAAACUGGUCGAAAACAAAAGGUAAUAGGAGGAAUUGGUCAGUCACUUGAGCGCUGGUCUUUCCACCAAGAAACCCAGGAGUCCCCAGUUCUUUCUGUGUAUUAGUAGCUCUGGUGUCAUCUCUACAUAAUCCUACAUAAUGGUGUCUUUAAGGAGUGAAAACUCGCUUGGCAAAGCCCUUGCUUGAUCUUUGGGAAUUCCUGGUACAGCUUCAGAAUUUUAUACCAUUUUUGUUUAAUAAAAUCUCUGAGCAUUGCUAUCAGCCAGCACUGAUUUCCCAGAUAUCUUUGUGGCUUACUGUUAUAUUUAGGUUCCAAAAAAAAGCAGGAUAGUACCUUAUACAACAGUGCCCAAAUUUAGAAAGUCCAUCUUCCCCAGGGCUUCUUUCCUGGGACAUAGUAAAUUUAAGCAGCAUACACAAGCCAAUCUCUAAGGAUGUGUUCAGGAAACCUAUCACAGCAAACAAAUAUACUAGGGAUAUACUUGUCAAGAAUCCCUAGUGAUAACCUUCAGCAUUUUUUUUCCUUAAAAUCAAGUCUAUAGUUUAUACAUACCCAGGCUGUGUCUUGGUUUCCUUAAGUAGAUGACUUUCUAACAGGCUGGUGGUACUGUGACUCCCAAUUUGAAGAUGAUGGGAUUAAUCCCUUGUCUGACCAUUUAGCAUUACUACACUGAAGUUGGAACUUAACUUUAUUUAAGAGUUAAUCGUGGACUAGUAUGCUGGCUGGAGAACCUAACUAUUCCAUAAAUACUGCGUUAGGCUUUGGUCAGUGACUCAGUAAUAGGCAGAAGUUACUGUGCAGUUCCUAUGUGUCAGGCCAUGUGCAAUUUAUAUAUAUUACCUGAUUAUUUCAGUAAACUUGCAGGUAACUUACUGUCUGUGUUACAGAUGAGGAAAAAAGCAUAGAGAAGUAACUCCCAAGGUCACAGCUACCCUGUCUUCAUGGAACAGUAUGUAAUAUUUCAUGUUCCAAGUAAUUUACAAAGUAAUAGGCAGAAAAUAAGAAUUUUGGUAAAGUAUAAGAUUAAUAACCAUCAGUUUUUAGAGCUGAUAAAACUCAUAUAUUAGAUGUUUCAGCCAAAAAAUUGUUUUCCAGCUUUUUUACCCAUCUUAUUCAUUGGACUUGGCUAUGCCUGUUGCUGAUUGUUUCUAAAAAUAGUAAUACUUUCAAAUAAUCAGGAAAAACAGGUUACUACAGUUACUGUCUUUUAGAAGGAACUGCAAAUGACAGUUCUAAACAAUGACAAUUACAUUUUUUUCCAGGGUUUGAAAGAGACAAUAAUCAUUUAAGUACUUAGAUUCUAAUACAUUUAUUUGAAAACUAGUUUAAUAACAUUAUACUCAUAUUCCACACUCUUCCAGGAGUUAAAAGUGUUGGGCACAUGUUAUAAUGAAAUAUUAGCUAGAACACCUAAUUCUAUACCUGGUCCACCUCCAUUAUAAAUUUAUGUAAUUCCUAUUAUAAAUCAAAUCACACCUAACUUUAAAUUGUUAAAUCAAGAAAGUUUUGAAAAUACAUUCUUUAUGCUUGGUUGUCUGUAUCUUGAGAGCAGAGUCUUUAACGUGUUUGACUUGUUGAAGAUCAGGGUAGACUAAUUCCUAAAAAUUUUAAGCUGCAUUUUUAUUGAUACAGUGUUUCUCUUUCCUAUCACUUGUUUUUUUGAUGAGGGGUGAGGGUGAUGCUAUUUUUUAGUUAAAAUUUUUUAAAUUACACCAAAAAAAGAAACUACCAGAUUUCUCCCCCAAAAGUCUGGGAAAUAUGUUUCAGUAAAGAAAACCUAAUUUCAGGAUCGUGUAGGGGUAAAGGAGAAUUUGAGUACUGUUGUAAAGUAUAGUACAAUGAAUCUGUAGAAAUUUCUUCCUGAAAGAUUCUGUGAUAUCUUUCAGGAACAAAAAAGAAUGAGUAGUUUCAAAAGUGUAUAGUUUCAUAGCUAGUGUGAAAUAAUGAAGCAAACUAUUUUCUGAUACAACAGACAUCAAAAUGACAGUGGAAAACAUUUUCCCUAUGUUUAUGUAACCUGUAGCCUUGUUAAAAUCUGCUAUUACUGCUUUCCCUCUGUGUGAAGAAGAUAGUAGAAAAACAGA